CGCCUUUCUUAGUAUCAGAAUAACUAUAUAUCAUCGACCUGUCCCGUUUCCCAUUGUGAUACUUUCUAAAAGUCUGAAAUACAGCCCACUCUUUUCUUCGUUAUCUUCCUAGCCUUGCGAUGACCCAUCAUAGUGCAUUAUGACGGCAGUAUUUUGCUGUCCUUCAGGCCCGAAGCCCUACCGUCCCCAGAUCCUCAGUCACGAACCGAAAUUCGAGGCGUUUCUGCGCUGGAUGCCGGCAGCCCAGGAGGCAUCCACAGAUGGAACCACUGAGGGCAAAAGAAUCCUAUCCGAUGACAGCUCCACAUAUGCCGUCCAGGUGGUUCGGCAAGUCAACUAUGGCCCACCUGAGUCCAAGCGAUACUUCGUUUCUGGAGAUGGCGGAAGAGGAACAAAUUUAUACGAGAUCACAGAGGGAGAUUUGAUUGAGGCUAACUUCGAGAAGCCGAAUGCGUGAGUGCAUGUGGUUCGUUUUGCCGUCGCCCAGCACUGACGGCUGUGAUAACUAUGCGACAGCCACAAUAAAUUCUUCGAAUUUAACAUCUAUCCGAAGAAUCCUGUGAACAAACACCAUUGGCGUGCUAACAUCGCCCGCCCAGCAGGGG